ACACAUCCAAAAUGCGGUUGACUAUAUUGGUAUCAGUACUAGUUUUGGGAUUGGUAGCAGCUGAGCUGCCAUUGGCUGAAAUAUGUAACGAAGAACUAUGUAAGCUACCAAACUGUAGAUGUUCGUCCACAGACAUUCCUGGUGGAUUCCGUCCAAGGGACACUCCUCAGUUUAUCACACUAACCUUUGACGAUGCAGUCAACGUCAGAAAUAUGGCAACUUACCGAGAGAUUCUUUACAAUCGCAAGAAUGCCAAUGGGUGCCCUAUUGGAACUACAUUUUACGUCAGUCAUGAGUACUCUAACUACCACCUUAUCAAUGAAUUGUAUAAUCAAGGAUUUGAAAUCGCCCUACACUCAAUCACCCAUAGAACUCCUACUGAGUUCUGGGCAACAGCCAGCUAUAAAGAUUUGAAGGAAGAAAUUGCUGAUCAAAAAGAACUUAUUGCUCAUUUCGCCAACAUUCCUCAAGAGAGUAUCCGAGGUGUACGUAUACCAUUCCUGCAGCUGGCUGGCAAUACAAGCUACCAAGUAAUGGCUGACCAUGGAUUAGAAUACGACUCUUCCUGGCCCACUAGUAAAUAUUUAAAUCCAGGACUUUGGCCCUAUACCUUGGACUAUGCAUCCAUUCAGGACUGCCCGGUCCCACCUUGCCCAACUGCCUCCAUUCCAAAACCUUGGGUACAACCAAUGCUCUCUUUUAGGGACGAUAGGGGAUACCCAUGUGCUAUGGCUGAUUCUUGUUAUUUCACUCCAAACGUUACCGAUGUGGACGCAUGGUACAAGCUCUUCAUUACAAAUUUUGAGGAACAGUACUUGGGCAACCGAGCUCCUUUCGGCUUCUACCUCCACGAGUGGUACCUUGAAAGUCAACCUGGAGUUAAAGCCGCUUACAUCAAAUUCCUUGAUACAGUCACUAGAUUGAGUGACGUUUUUCUGGUAAACCAUGGGGAAGUCUUAGACUGGGUUAAAAAUCCAGUUCCUUUGAAUGAAUACAUGAAAAAACCCUGCAGAUCUUUUACUCCAACCAACUGUGCAAUGAGGCCCUGUAAUACUUUCGAACCAAACAAUGGGAAAUAUUACUGGUUUGAUAUAUGCACUAGUUGUCCACUUUUUUAUCCCUGGGUGGGCAACCCACUAGGAGCAUAAUUUUGUAAAUUAACGAUUCCUUCCUGUAAGAAGAAGUUUUUGCCCAGCAGUGGAACAGUGGAACAGUGGAGCAGGUAAUCACACUAAAGAGAAUUUUAUUUAAUUUUACGGCAUUGAUUUGUAUGUGUGUGUUUGUGAUAAAAUAAUGUUAAUAAACUGUUUACAGUUCAUAAAUUACCUACUAAUCUGGUUUUCACAAAACGUAAUUUAAAACUACCACGGUGCAUAAAGUCAGGACAUUUUUCUACUGCCCCGUGUAAAAUGUCUUUUAGCUACUACUUUUUGUUAGUCAUAUGUACAAUUUAUACAUUACAGAAUAGUAUAUAAAUAAUAAUGACAAAUUAUGAAUGAUUAAAGUGCAUAGAUAUUAUGUUAUUGCGAUACGACGAAGUUUGAUAACCCACAUACACAUGCAAUAAAACAAUAAAUGGAUACGUAUAACAUAUUUCAAACAAUAAUAGGACGAUACAAAAACCACUACAGAGCAAAUAACAUUUAUUAAUUAUUUAAAAAAAAGUAUAAAAAAACUAUUAUAAUAAGUGACAAAACAAGUUCGGUCCAGAAGUGACUCAAAUAUUGUACGCGUUCGGCACUCUGAUUGGCCGGCACCAAUAAACCAACCAAUUAGAGCGCCAAACGAGGUCUCGUUACGAAUACUUUAAACAUAAGACAAACUUGUACUAAGGCCUCUGAUCAGUAGCCCGAUUCACGUAAUAAAAACCGUAGCGAUAUUGUAGCGACUAAAUCCUUUUUGUAUUUACAUAUAGAACGAAACCCAAGCGUACAGCGCGUCUCAUUCCGCGUACACUUCAAAGAGCCAUUAGACCACCACAGAUUGGGCCAAAUAGGGCUGAUGCCGAUACGUAGCUGUAGAGGACUUAACGGAUUGCCAGGGCUCCGCCUCGAAGUGCACGGGUAGGAACGAGGUGGCUUUUGUCAUUGAGAGUUUGACACUCCCUAUACUCUCACCUGACAUAUGUCAUUGGAUGAUUUUCCACUCACAAAAACUUAAUCACAUCACUGAAAAUUGUAGUUCAAUGUCCAAAAAUGUCGGUGAGUUUAUAGAACAUAUUUUAUCUAUGACAAACAGUAAUUGACGCCAUUAUCUAUAAACAGUAGAUAGGAACUAUUUGAAUCAAAGCAUAGUACCUACAAUAACUAUAAUCGGAACUCAACCGAUAAGAAAAUAUUAUCAAAGAUAUUUAAUUCUAUUUAUUGAUAACUUUCUUUAUUAUUCCUUGAAUUACUGACAUAUGAUUAUACGAUACACAUGUCAAAAUAAUAUUUUUAACAUUUUUUCUGUCAGUCUGUUUGUACUGGCUAAUCUGUGGAAUAGCUGGAUCGAUUUUGAAAGGCAGGUAGCUGAUAUACUAAGGAGUAACGUAGGCUACUUUUAUUUUAACGCCGCCAAAAAUGGAGGUGAUACUAUGUUCGAAUGAUUCUAAGGAAAUCAAAUAACAGUUAUAUUGUACUAUAAAAUUCAUAUUUUACGCAGACGAAGUCGUGGGUAACACCUAGUGAUUUAUGUAACUGUAACAAUUUUUUUUACAAUAAUUUUGAUUUAUUUUUUACUCUAGUUAUAGUGGCCAAACAUUGGGCCAUUAAAUAUGUAUAUAUAAUAAAAAUUGCUCUGCCUCGUUGGCCGAGUG